AUGUGCGACCGUCCAAAAGGAGUGAGAUGGACGCCACAGCAGGUCUUGAAACAGCUCAUCUCGCAGCUUCUAAAUGCUAGACCAAGCUUGACCGUUUCUGCGCCAGACAUUGUCAACAUCAGGAACUUUGGCAAGGCAGACACUUUUAAUGCUCUUGUCAAACUGCUUCACUCGAUUGUGGCUCUACUAGGAUCCAUCGUUAUUGUUAUCGAUCGCCUCGACAGGUCCGCUCCCGACCCGGAUGCCCAAUUAGCUGAUAUUGCGAAGACGCUUUCCGUGCUGGUCAGGGUGCAUCCAAACCUUAGGAUCAUCGUUACUACAGGCGAAGUAGUGCCGCCAUAA